ACCUUUGUUAUUAUUGAGAAAGCCUGAAGAAUAAGAAAACCAUUUCUUCAUUAACCUCUCCAACUGCAACAGCCACAGCCACUAAGACACCCUGGGGCCCACUGAAGUGAUGGCAACAUCCUCGGUGAUUUCAGUAAGACCUGGAUUGAUGAGACAAACUGGGAGAUCAGCCUGAUGUUGUCUCUUAAGUCAUGAAAGUACUGCCUGAAAAUGGGACACAGUUAUGCAUCGUUCACCUUUCAGCCCCUGGCAUGGCUGUGCACAGCACUCAUCUGGACUUCCCUCCUAUGAAACCAGCCUGACCACCAGCUUCAGACAGGAAGCCUUUCAUAGCUGGCUGGAACACCAACAAACCCAUGCUCCUGAGGUACGACGUCGUACUGAACCUGGAAAUGCUCCAUAUAAUUGGAAGCCCAUUAUCUAAUGCAAGAGGGCAGAAUGUCACCAUAUUUUAUUUUAAUAGGCUUGGCUAUUAUCCUUGGUACACAUCGCAGGAAGUCCCUGUUAACGGUGGCCUACUCCAGAACUUCAGCUUGCAAACUCAUCUGGACAAAGCCGGUCAUGUCAUUAACUAUUACACCACAGCUAAGGACUUCAUGGGCUGCGAGUACUGGAGACCUCAGUGGGCCUGCAACUGGGAUGAAAAAGAUGUCUACAGAAGAAAGUCCAGGAAACUCAUAACCAAAAUGGAAGGGAAUAUUUCAGCAAAUGAUGUUGAACAUUUAGUCAGACUUUCCUUUGAAGAAAGGGCAAAAGCUUUUAUGAAGGAAACAAUUGCAUUAGGAAUGAAAAGCAGACCUAAGGGCCUGUGGGGAUACUAUUUGCACUGUCACAGUUACAAUUUCCCUGAUCAGAACUACACUGGUUCCUACCCAAAGACUGAAAUUUUGAAGAAGAAUUAAAUUCCCUGGCUCUGGGAUAGCAGUGCAGCCAUGUAUCCUUUCAUUGGCAUUAAGAUAUCCCUUGGAAACAGUCAAAACAUUUCGCACUUUUCUCAGUUUAGGAUGAAUGAAUCCAUAAGGACUUCCUCCAUGACAUCCCAAGAUUACACUUUGACCGUAUUUGUGUAUAGUGAACUAGGCUACAGAGAUGAACCUUUAUUAUUUCUCUCUAUGCAAGAUCUUAAUAAGACUAUUGGAGAGAGUGUCCUGGGAGCUGCAGGCAUUGUUAUUUGGCGAGAUAUGAAUUUAACUUCUUCAGAGAGUAACUGCACAAAAGUACAAAAAUCUGUUGAUUUGGAAUUAGAGCCCUACAGUAUCAAUGUCACAUCAGCAGCUGAGGUGCACAGCAGGCAUCUUUGUCAGGACAAUGGACAAUGUGUACAAAGAACCUGGAGAGCCUCGACAUACCUGCAUUUAAAUCCUAUGAGCUUCCAGAUAGAUGCUCUGAAGGACCAAGGAUUUAUUGUGAAAGUAGAAGAAUCAAAUGAAGAUCUGGAAAUAAUGGCAGAGACAUUUGUCUGCCACUGUUAUCAGGGUUAUGAAUGAACUGACUGUGGGGAAGUUAAAGUCGCUGAUGACCAUCCAGGGAGCUCUGCAGACUCUGUCCCACCCAGAAGAUUUGCAGUGAUCGGCCUCCUACCCUUGCCUUUGACAGGUCUUUUCUAA